CAUCACAUUCCUCAGCAAAACACCUUUCCUCCCUGAACCCAGCACUCUUUUUGUCCCUUCGCUCCCUUCUUUUCCAAAAUUUACAUGCUCGCUUUUGCUGGGGAAUCUGUUUCUCCGUCUCUCGAACCUCCUCACUGUCAAGUUUACUUUUUUAUUUCAAAUUGUGCCCGAACGCUGCAAAGUAGCCGUACCCAGAUCUCGCUCAUUUUGGGUUUAAAUUUCUUAUCUGUUACUCGCUCUCUUGCUUGAGGUGCGUUUGGGAACUGGGGUGUUCGUAGUUCUGGCAUCAAAGCUAACAGUUCUUGUGCACAUAUAGAGCUUUGGGGAUGACGAUGCUAGCGAUGAUCAAAAUUUAUUCUUACUCUUUCCACUGUGCUUGUGGGUUGAAAGUGGAAUCUCUAGUGUGUUGUGUCGUCAGAUGAUUACAAGUGAAGCGUGGUGGAAGAAAAUUGUAACAUAUUCUGGAAAAUCUCCUCUUUGGCUGGUAGAUACUGGCUUGACAUAGUCAGAAGAAUUCAGAGCUGGUUUUAGUGCGAUAUUCUGAUAAAAAAUAGCUAAAACGGGGUCACUUUGUUGUGUGGCUUCAAGGCCACAUGGGUCAAAUGCGGACAGUAGGGACUGGUCAAUGGGUCCCCAUGAGCCCUACUGGCAUACCAACACAAGCUUUUCACCACUUCCAUCAAGAUGGGACUUCAGAUUCCAAUCUGAAGGGCUGCCAUAUGAUGGUAUUGACCGCCGUGGUUCUUCUACUUUAUACAGUGAGAAAGACCUUAGGGGCUCGGUGAGAGACAAUCGCCUGUAUGAGCUUCACUAUUCUGCAUUGGAUGGCACUGAACCUUUCCUUAACAGUCCAUCUGACUUCUCUCAGGGUCCUCAGCGAACACCUCCGGUGAUACAGGAAAUAAGUAUUGAUGAUUAUGAAACUGCAACUAGGAAAGAUUCAGGCCGUAUAUUUUUUGCAUCAACCAAGGAGGGAACAUCAGAAAAUCCAGAUAGUUGGGGCUCUUCUUCAUCCCGGUCAGAGAGUAGUGAAUCUGAGUUAUUUGCAAAAUCACACUUACUGGCCCAGCAGAAUUUUUCUCGCCACCAGUCUUUUAUCUCUAAACCCAUUCAUCCUUUGUCCUUUCCUGACCUUACUUAUACAAGGGAAGCCUUUGACCCUGCAGUUACAGGUUUCUCUGAGGCUGGUGCUUCCACUUCACUCGGAGAUUCUCAGCAAUGUAGUAGUGCCAGCAGCAGUCUUGAUUUUGCAGAUGCUACUGUGUCUUUUGAAUCUGAAACACCAGCUCGCCCUCAUAAUGAUGGAUUCAGAUGCAGUUUGUGUGAGAGGCUUCUGUCACAGAGAUCACCUUGGAGUUCCCGACGAAUUGUGAGAAGCAGAGACAUGCCUACAACUGGGGUUCUUCCUUGUCGCCAUGUCUUCCAUGCAGAAUGUUUGGAGCAGGCGACUCCAAAUUUGCGGAAAAAUGACCCCCCUUGCCCUCUCUGUAGCCGAGUGACAGAAAGUUCACCUGAUCAACGGGGUCCUCUGAAUUUGAAGAAUGGUUUUCCUAGGAUUAGGCCGUUUUAUGAGGACGGACACUCAAGACCUUGGGGCUGUGCGCAGGUGGGUGAUUGUGUUGAAGGGGCCUUGCAUGCACCACCACGCAACACGAUGUUCUUACUAAAUCGGAAUCGCAUAAAAAAGAAUCUUUCUUUGAAGGGUAAUUCAAGCAAGGAAUUUCCCGGCAAGGUGAAGAAAAGCGAAUCAUAUUCUUCACAUUUGUUCGGUGGAAGCUCAGCUGAUCAGGAAGCAGUUGGUUACUCAAAUGCAAAAGCAGGCCCAAGCAUGAGCAAGUGAUCAGAAAAGGUCUCCGAAAUUUGAAACUUGGAAGUUCACAAGCUAACAAUGGUGCUACUUUAGCUCAAAAGUGAAAUUAUAGUAGAGGUGGUUCAUAACCCUGUGAUGGUUUUGUAUGUACCAUAUUGAUCUGGUGAAUGUGUCUUGGAAAGUUGAAAGAGUGUAAUCGUCUACUGCUUUUGCUUUCAGAAUGAAAUUUAGUCAAGAUUUCAAACCUGUUCUAAUUUUGGCAAAUUUGAAUUGAGCGAUUAUUGCAU